AUGAAUCCCGAAUAUGACUACCUGUUCAAGCUGCUCCUCAUCGGUGACUCCGGUGUUGGAAAGUCUUGCUUGUUGCUCCGGUUUGCCGACGACACCUACACGGAAAGCUACAUCUCGACCAUUGGUGUCGACUUCAAAAUUCGCACAAUCGAACUAGAUGGCAAGACUGUGAAGCUUCAGAUCUGGGAUACCGCCGGCCAAGAGCGAUUCCGCACUAUCACAUCUUCCUACUACCGGGGCGCUCACGGAAUCUGUGUGGUAUACGAUGUCACCGACAUGGACUCUUUCAACAACGUGAAGCAGUGGCUCCAGGAGAUUGACCGGUACGCCACCGAGGGCGUCAACAAGCUGCUUGUUGGCAACAAGAGUGAUAUGGAGGAUAAGAAGGUUGUGGAAUACACUGUAGCCAAGGAGUUUGCCGACAGCCUCGGAAUCCCUUUCCUUGAGACCUCCGCCAAGAACGCGUCGAAUGUUGAGCAGGCUUUCUUGACAAUGGCACGACAGAUCAAGGAGCGCAUGGGAACGGCCACCGUCAACAACAAGCCAACUGUUCAGGUUGGCCAGGGACAAGGUGUCCAGUCCGGAUCGGCAGGUGGCUGCUGCUAG